CUGCGCCUGGAACGCACGCGUGCUUCUCCGUCAUCAGGAUCCGCGGAACUCGGACAGCUCGAAGAUCCUCUUCGUUCUUCGAACCCCCGCGGGACUUCGUCUUCUUCUUCUUCUUCUUCUUCUUUCUAUCGAGUGUGUCAGUGAGAUAGGUAGACGCGUGUAGCAGCCAGGUACCAAGAUGGCGGACGAUGAGAGGAAACGUCUCGAGGAUGAAAAGAAGAGGAAACAGGCGGAGACCGACAGAAAGAGGGCGGAGGUCCGUGCCCGCCUCGAGGAGGCUUCCAAAGCCAAGAAGGCGAAGAAGGGUUUCAUGACCCCUGACAGGAAGAAGAAGCUUAGGCUGUUGCUGCGCAAGAAAGCCGCCGAGGAAUUGAAGAAGGAGCAGGAGAGAAAGGCCGCGGAAAGGAGGCGCAUCAUCGAGGAACGCUGCGGAAAACCGAAGAACACCGACGACGCGAGCGAAGAGACCGUGAAGCGCGUGCUGCGCGAGUACCACAAUAGGAUCACAGCAUUGGAGGAUCAAAAAUUCGACCUCGAAUAUGUUGUUAAGAAGAAGGACUUCGAGAUCGCGGACUUGAACAGCCAAGUGAACGACCUCCGAGGUAAAUUCAUGAAACCUACGCUGAAGAAGGUGUCCAAGUACGAGAACAAGUUCGCCAAGCUCCAGAAGAAGGCAGCCGAGUUCAACUUCCGUAACCAGCUGAAACAGGUCAAGAAGAAGGAAUUCACCCUCGAAGAGGAGGACAAGGAGAACGCGUCAAAAGAUAAGAAGAAACCCGACUGGUCGAAGAAGGGCGAGGAAAAGAAGCAGGAACCAGCGCCGGAACCACCACCAGAAGUUGUCGCACCUACGCCAUCCCCACAACCGGAGCCAGCCCCAGCGCCCGCACCUGCGCCCGCACCAGCGGAAUCGCCAGCACCACCACCGGCACCGUCGCCGACACCAACGCCAGAACCAGCUCCCCCAGCGGAGGGUGCUCCACCAGCAGCCCCGGCGGAAGGUGCUCCACCUGCGGAGGGAGCACCAGCACCCCCUGCGGAGGGUGCGCCACCUGCUGGCGCGCCUGCACCUGCACCAGCAGAAGGAGCCCCUGCUGCGCCACCAGCCGAAGGCGCUGCUCCCCCAGCGGAGGGAGCGCCCGCUGCACCUGCAGCCGAAGCGCCAGCAGCACCCCCAGCAGAGGCUGCACCAGCACCAGCGCCCGCUGAAGGAGCCAAGGUUGUUUUGAUUUUGAGACUUAGAAUGACCGUCAGACCCAAUCGCCAGAUACUCCGUUCGAAAUUCGUUACGUACGCGCCAGCAUCGUAACUUCGUUGAAGUUGGAACGGACGAAGGGUCACCUCGCUAUAUAAUUUCCACUCGUUGACGUCAGAAUUUGCAUAAAACGUACACGGACAAGCAUAGAGCACAGAAUACGUAUGCGUCGAGCCAUAUUAUUCUCCUCUCGUCACGGUUCACGCGUCCGUUGUUCACCAUCGUAUUGUCGUCGUCAUCGUCAUCGUCAUCAUCGGUCUCAUCGUAAUCAUUUGUUUUCCGUCGUGCGCACGCGUCACGUUUGUGCGUCAUCCGUGCCCCCCCCAUCGGGGUACGAAAUGAACGAAAAUGAGAAAAAACAAAAAAAAAAAAAA